UGAGCGCCUGCGUGGACGCCUCAUGGAGACAAGGGCGGGGAUGAAGUUCAAGUUUAAUGAUUAAUGCUAACAAGUACAUAAGAAACGUAAAAGUUCUUAAAUUGAAGUUCACCGAGGCUCCACGAUUGUCAGCACCGCACGCGCGAGCUUGAAGUCCCGGAUCCAUCUCGCGUGAGAGUCGAGCGCAUCAAGUCACCAUGGCUUUGAUAAGAUUGUUGACCAGACUGAGUGAAUAUGUGCACUUGAAACAAGGUUUGGAGUGCCUGGGAGCCAGUUCUCAGAGCAAGAGAUUACAACAGCACACUGCAGCCCAUUCAUCUUCAUGCAACUAUCAGCUGCUGCCUGACUGCCUGGAGCUCAGCUAUGGAGGUCUCGUGAUGCACUUUGACUACGUGUGGCUGAGAGAUCACUGCCGCUCGGCUUCAUGCUACAAUGCAAAAACGAACCAGCGUAACCUGGACACUGCCAGCAUUGAUCUGAACAUCAGGCCGUCGAAGAGCAGAGCGGAUGAGAACAGCCUCUUCCUCACAUGGCCAGAUGGACACAUCACACGGUACACUCUCACAUGGCUGGCCCAGAACAGCUACGAGGGCCAGAAGAGGAGCGCGGUGCAACCUCGUAUCCUGUGGAGCGCUGAUAUCUACUCCAGCGCUCAGGUGCUUUCUGCAAGCUGGGACAAGUUCAUGAGCUGCGACGAGGAGCUGAAGAACUUCCUCAACAACUUCCUGCUUUACGGCAUUGCCUUCGUGGAAGGCGUCCCACCAACACUAGAAGCUACUGAAGCAGUGACCCAAAGAGUGAGCCUCAUCAGGGAGACUAUGUACGGGCGGAUGUGGAACUUCACUUCAGAUUUCUCUCGUGGAGAUACAGCCUACACAAAGCUGGCACUGGACCGCCACACCGACACCUCAUACUUCCAAGAACCCUGCGGCAUCCAGGUGUUUCACUGUUUGAGACAUGAAGGAACGGGGGGCCGAACUCUGCUGGUGGACGCUUUCCACGCCGCUGACGCGGUGCUCCAGCGAACGCCCGACAACUUUGAGCUGCUUUCACACGUGCCCAUCAAACACGAGUACGUGGAGAACCUGAGUGAGCAUCGCAACCACAUGAUCGGCAUCGGCCCCGUGAUCAACGUCUAUCCGUGGAACAACGAGGUGUACAUGAUUCGGUAUAAUAACUAUGACCGUUCUGUUAUUAACACAGUCCCUCAUGAUGUGGUGCGGCGCUGGUACACGGCUCACAGACAGCUCACCGCUGAACUCAGGAGACCAGACAAUGAGCUGUGGGUCAAACUCAAACCAGGGAAGGUCCUGUUCAUCGAUAACUGGCGUGUUCUUCACGGCAGAGAGUCGUUCACCGGUCUGCGGCAGCUGUGUGGAUGUUAUCUGACGCGGGACGAUGUGCUGAACACCGCUCGCUCUCUGGGUCUCCAGGCCUGAGCGCUUAAUGCUACCCAACCAUCAUUUACCAAAAAACACCUUGAUUUCUCAAGCGUUAGGAGAGCAGAGGAUCACAACAGUAUUACUUUAGUAUUACCAAUCAUCUCAGCUCUUUGUUUGAAGGAUUUUAUGAUCUUAAUUAAAUGAGUUUGUUGUAGAGGAUGCAUCCUUUGAUCCAUAAUGAUUUCUUUCCACAGAAAAACAGAUGGUAGUACUUUAAUUUAAAUGAUAUAUAUAUAUGUUUUAGAAAUGGUCAGGACAUGCAUUACCUCCAGAGAAUAUGAGGUGAAAAGGCACUUACUUUAAAAAGGGUUGUGAUAUAAUGUCUGGUUUUAAGGUUUUGUUCACACAGACAGACUGAAAGAUUAAACGCAGAAUGAUGUCUGAAUCGUGGAAAUGGUUCACACCAGCAUGAUAAUGUCCUGAUUAUUUACUCACCCCCAGGCGAUCCAUGGUGUAUUGUUCUUUCUUACUUCAGCUGAAGAGAAAUUCAAGUUUAAGAGUAAAACGUGAAAUAUAUUUUUCAUCAUCUAAUGUAAGUGAAUGGUGCUCAUUGUAUACCAUUUUCAACGGACCACAAUCCGUAUCUAGGCAGAUUCAAACUAAUCCACAUGACCCUAGCUGACCAACAAAAGUCCUCUCCAGUGAAGUGAUCAGAUAAUUUGAGAAAAAAGAUCGAGAAUUAUAUACUCUUAUCUACAAAUGUUGGCAUUGGCCCAGCUUGUGUGACACUUGCAUGUUGUGAGGAUCAUGCAUGAGAAAAGCAAAAAGUUGUAGUUUUUAUGUCCGUUUAAUUUUCACAAUAAUGUCUCAAAUUAAACUGAUACUGUGAACUGUUCCUUUAAAUGGUUGUCAACGCUGGUUAUUUCUUUAGGUUUGGGCCUUAACAAGUGAUAUGGGAAUGCAUGGUUGAGAUAAUGUUUAAAUGCACAUGCUGCAUUGCAUUAAUCUUUGCGGGCGUUUAUUUCUUUUUUUUAUUUUUAUUUUUUUUUAUCUGUAGUAUUCUAACAUCCUGUAUCCUAUAUAAAAUGAUCUCAAAUGAAUGUAUGCACAAAAAUACCAAUGUUACCUCUAGAAAAUAAAUUCAUCUCCUUGCA